UUAAGAUGUGACGUCGUGUGGUUACGUCAGGCUGUCGAUAAGCGUCACGUCAGAGGGAACAGCGAAAGAACAAAAUGGAGGAGUAUGCCAGAGAACCAUGCCCCUGGAGGAUCGUGGACGACUGUGGGGGAGCCUUCACCAUGGGAGCUAUUGGAGGAGGAAUAUUCCAGGCAGUAAAAGGCUUCAGAAAUGCACCCUCAGGGAUGAGCCACAGAAUGAGAGGGAGUUUGACUGCCAUCAAGACCAGAGCUCCACAGCUUGGAGGAAGCUUCGCAGUAUGGGGAGGCCUCUUCUCCAUGAUUGACUGUGGUUUAGUAAAAGUACGAGGAAAGGAGGAUCCCUGGAACUCGAUUACAAGUGGGGCCAUGACAGGAGCUAUCCUCGCUGCAAGAAAUGGUCCAGUAGCCAUGGUAGGCUCUGCAGCCAUGGGAGGCAUCCUGCUGGCGUUGAUAGAGGGCGCUGGUAUCCUGCUUACUAGGUUUGCCUCUUCACAGUUCACAAAUGGGCCCCAGUUUGCAGAGGAACCCGCCCCUGCUACCAUGCCCUCCCCUUCCUUUGGCGACUACAGACAAUAUCAGUGAGAGGACUUCCCCCUUCUUAUCCACUAGGCCUUUUUGAAAUUCCUUGCUGAAGUUACAAAGAAGAAAUGGAGAUGCAAAAGUACCACACGUCCAACAAUAGCAACUGCAGUCAACUUCCAUGGACUUUGUGAGAGAAGUGAUGGACAAAACACAUCUUCAUUUUUCUUCUUUCAAGAGCCAUGUACAGAUCUGCCUUUUUACCAUUCUCAGCCUUGUCAUGUGCAUCUGUUUCACCUAACAUUGGUUAAAUACAGACAAGUGGUGAGAUUUGUUGUUUGGGGGCGGGGGGGAGGUUCUGUUUUGUUCAUGUACAGUAUGUACUGCUUGUAGCCCAGUAAGUGGGAGGUCAAGCUCUGGAUAGUGUUGAAUUUAACAAAAACACGUCACACAUUCAACGUAUUCUAAACUUAUGUGUAUAUACAGUAAAGGCUUUCCGCUUGUACUCACUUAUGUUAGUCUUUGUCUUGAAUAUGUCACCUGCUUGGGCUGGCCACUGACAAUUGGCUGGCCUUCUGUAUUUUUUUUUUUUUAAUUCAGAUUUAUGAAGGCAAACUUCUACCAGAUACAAUGCUAUUCCUGGGAUAAUAGUUUCUUUUAAAGUGAUAUAUUUAUUUUAGAUUGUAAAGAGUUGUAUCAGAUCAGAUGUUCAAUUUUAUGUGACAGUGCUUUUACAUUCAACACAAAGGUGUGGAAAAAGACGGCUAAAUGACCAAGGAGGCGUAGGCAGUACAAAUGAAUGGAGAAACUCAAGCAAGGGAUUGAUGCAUACUGUAUUAAAUCUGUAUGACACAUUGUACUAUGGUACAAUAAAGAAUAAUGUUGUAAAAAGC